GGUUCUGAACCGGCCCCAGAUCCACCUCCUCGUCCGGGUCAAGGUGGAGGCCAAGCCCAAGAAGCUAGAGGACCGAGUGCUGGUCCUCACUGCCUGGCGCAUCUACCUGUUUGGGGUCAAGGUGCCUGCGAAGGUCGAGAGCUCCUUCAAUGUCUUGGAAAUUCGGACCAUGAACAAACUCACCCCCAGUCAAAUCCUGUUUGACACAGAGAAAUCCACCUACAACCUCACAUUCCCAACCCUGGACAGCGCUGACCACGUGACCCGCCAUGUGAACUCUGCCCUUGCCAAGAUCUUCCCCAGCUCUGCCUCGGGGUGCCUACGGACCCCUGAUACCCCCCGGGACACAUCCCCCAACUCAGAGAGCUCCACCUCCACCAGCCACAGUGUCUGCGGGGGCUUCUCAGAGACCUACGCCGCCCUGUGUGACUACAACGGGCUGUGCUGCCGUGAGGAGGUGCAGUGGGAUGUGGACACCAUCUACCAUGCUGAGGACACGCGGGAGUUCAACCUGCUCGACUUCAGCCACUUGGAAAACCGGGACCUGGCUCUAAUUGUGGCCGCACUGGCGUAUAACCAGUGGUUCACCCGGCUGAGCUGCAGGGACCUGCGCCUGGGCUCAGAGGUGGCUGAGCAGGUGCUGCACACGGUCAGCAAGUCCCAGCACCUGGAGGAGCUGGCACUGGACAAUGCAGGGUUAAAAACGGACUUUGCUCUGAAGCUGGCAGCUGCGCUGGGCGACAACCCUGGCUCGGCCCUGCGUGGCCUUGACCUCUCCCGCAACCCUGUCGACGACAAAGGUCUCGGGGCACUGAGUCAGCAGUUCCUGUGCCUGCCUAAGGGGCUGCAGCUGCUCGGCCUGGCCCGGACAGGGGUCACACCCCGAGGCCUGACUGCCCUGUGCCAGCCCCUUGGGGCCAACCCGGCCUUCAGCAGCUCUUUGCAGCACCUUGACCUGAGCAAGAACCCGGGGCUGCUGGCAGGGCCGGAGGCCCAUGGUUUAUUCUCCUUCCUGGCUCAGCCCAAUGGUCUCAUUCACCUCGACCUGUCGGGCACCGACUGCGCGGUUGAUGUGCUCUUUGGGGCCCUUCUCCAUGGCUGCUGCCCCCGGCUCAACUACCUCAACCUGGCUCGGAACAGCUUCUCCCACCGGAAAGCCAAGGAGAUGGUGAUGCCGCUGCGGCAGUUCUUCUCCAGCGCCUUCGCCCUCAAUUACGUCAGCCUGGCCAGCGUGCGCCUGCCCCUGGAGGCAUUGCGCUCCCUGCUCCAAGGGCUGGCAGCCAACACCCACCUGUGUGACAUCCACCUGGACCUCAGUGGCUGUGAGCUGCGGGCACCAGGGGCACAGGCCCUGCAGGAGCUGCUGGGGGGCAUCGGCGCUGUGGGCAGCCUCGACCUCUCUGACAAUGGCUUUGAUGGAGACCUGCUGACUCUGGUGCCAGCCCUGGGCAGGAACAAGGCCAUCAAGCAUCUCUGGCUGGGCAAGAACUUUAAUGUCAAGGCCCGGAUGCUGGAGGAGAUCCUUCAUAAGAUUGUGCAGAUGAUACAAGAAGAGGAUUGUUCCCUACAGUCCCUCUCAGUGGCUGAUUCCCGGCUGAAGUCCUGCACAACCAUCCUCAUCAAUGCCUUGGGCAGUAACACAUGCCUGCGCAAGGUGGAUCUGAGUGGGAACAGCAUGGAAGACCUGGGUGCCAAGAUGCUCUCCAAGGCCCUGCAGAUCAACAGCACCCUGCGGAGCAUUGCCUGGGACCGGAACAACACUACAGCCCUGGGUUUCCACGACAUCGCUCGUGCCCUGGAGAACAACUAUACCCUGAAGUUCAUGUCCUUCCCCCUGAGUGACAUCACGGCUGCCUACCGCAACACCCCCGAGAGGACGGAUGAAGUGUGGCAGAAGAUCCAGUGGUGUCUUCUCCGAAACGGGCACUGCCAGAAGUUCUCACAGGAGCAGGCCUUUCGGCUACAGCAGGGAAUCGUUACCAGCAGCGCCGAGCAACAGAUGCUGAGCCGGCUGUGUGUGCGGGUGCAGGAGGAGGCACGGGCUCUGCGGGGCUGCCCAGCCCAGGCCAUCCAGGAUGAGGUGCAGCAGGCCCGGGAGCUCGUCAAGGAAGCCAAGAACUCGCGGGCGCUUUUCCCCAGUCUCUACGAGCUGGGGCACAUCCUGGCCAGUGAUGGGCCAGUCCGGCAUCGUCUUGAGGCUGUGGCCAAUGAAGUGGCCAAGGCCGUGGACAAGGAGCUGCAGGUGAUCCUGGAGUCCAUGGUGACGCUGACACAGGAGCUGUGUCCCCGAGCUGUGCGGGCAGCUGAGGGCCACAACAAGAUGUUGGGGGCAGUAUCAGAGCGGGUCACUGUCCCCCGCAACUUUGUCCGGGGAGCCCUGCUGGAGCAGGCUGGGCAGGACAUCCAGAACAAGCUCAAUGAGGUUAAGCUGUCGGUGGUGACCUACCUCACCAACUCAGUGGUGGAGGAGAUUCUCCAGGAGCUCUAUAGUGUCCACAAGAGCCUGGCCCAGCACUUGGCUUACCUCCGACAGCUCUCCGCAGAGCAGGACAGCUCUGGGGGGGACCUCCAAGACCAGCUUCCCCGGAGCCGGCUCCGAGACCAGGAGGAGACCACAGAUGACGAGAUGGGGACUGCCAUUGACACCAUCGCCAUCAAGAGGCAGAAGCAUUGCAGGAAAAUCCGACCUGCCUCAGCCUUCAUCAGCAGCACAGACCCAGAAGCCGAGACCCCUGCACCCUCGGGCCCCGACUCGCCACCAGGUCGGCCCUCGUCCUCGGCCAGCAGCACCCAGGCCCGCAGUACCUCCUUUGAGGUCCUGGCAGACCUCCCCACUGAGGGCACCCGGCUGGAGCAUCGCACCCGGGGGCGCCCGGGGCCCCCCCGCAGUGCCCCCCCAGCCCCCCGGCACAACCACGCUCGGACACCUGGGCCCCUGGAGCCCCAGCAGCAGGAGAACGGGGCGGCGCCACGGCUGGAUGAGGGCCUAGAGGAGUUCUUCGGCAGGCGGGUCCUGGUGGACAACGCCAGCUUCCCCCGGCCCCCACGGGGCUGUGGGCUUCGACCAGGCCCCUCCGACCCCCUGCCCCCUGUGCACAAGAAGAGGAGGAAAGGCUUCUUCCAUUUCCGCCGGCACCGGAGCCUCAAAGGGGAACGAGAUGUCGAGGAACCGCCCCCACCCAGCCCACCUGGCCCCCUGCUUAUGGGCCCCAGGGACCCCCAGGCCCCAGCUGGCCUGGAGGAGGAAGGGCUGGAGGCCUGGGGGCUGGGCAUGCCCCUGCCAGGCAUGGGGAGUGGGCCAGUGAAAGGGCUGCCCCAGCGGGGGAGGCAGGGAAGGGGCGGGGCCAGGGGGGCACUGGGGGCUAAGGGGUGGGGCUUGACAGCUGCAUCUCCACAGGGUCUCCAUGGUGACCGGGCACCUGUCCCUGAGAGGGUGGAGCCACUGCAGCCCCUCCGCGUGCAGGGCAUUGCGCUGCCUGGGAUGGGGCGGAGCAAGGGGUGGAGCCUGGAUGGGAAGAGAGAGGGGGCAGAGCUGGAGCGCGGGGGCAGCCUGCGGGAGCGCCGCCGCUUGUCGGAUGACUCAGGGCAAGGCGGCUGGAAGCCCACCCUACCACCACAGAGCUCCAAGCCCAGCUUUGCUGCCAUGCGCCGAGCCGAGGCCAGCUGGGACAUCGCGGAGGAGAGCGUCUUCCGGGACAGCGAGCAGACAGACGUGCUCCCUCUGGUCACGGUGAAGAGCGAGGAGUGGGUCAUGGACUCUGCCCUGGGCUCUGAGAGGACCCCACAGCUUGCCCCAGCAAAGAAGCCAGUGGCUGGGCCCCAGAGCUGGACCCCCCCUAGCCAGCCCGGACGGAGCCGCAGCAGUGAGGAGGGGGGGGCGAGCGGCGAGACCCCUGAGGACCCGCAGGCACCCCUCCCUGGUACGUGCCCCCGCCUGGAGGAACCGGACCCAGAAGGGGAACCUGAGGGGGGCCGCCGGGCCGCCCCCACCAAGCCCAAGAGGACACGCCGGGCGCAGUCAUGUGACAAGCUGGAGUCUGACCGGGAUCUGGGCCUGGGAGGCACCAUGACAGAUCCCAUCCAGUCCCAGCCAGUGGCACUGGGCGCCUCCCGGGUCGAGCUCCGUGUGUCCUGCCAGAACCUGCUGGACCCAGACGCUGAGGCCAAGCCAGAUGCCUUUGUGGUGCUGAAGAUGCUCACUGAGGGGCAGUGGGUUGAGGUGGAGCGCACAGAGGUGCUGGCCUCCAGUCUGGACCCCAUCUUUGCUCAUGUCUUCUCCUUGGACUACUUCUUUGAGGAGAUGCAGGCCCUGCUCUUUGAGGUCAUCAAUGAGGCUGAGUCCCAAGACAGCGGCCCCUUGGGGGUGGCUGAGUGCACCCUUGGUCAGAUAGUCUCCCAGAGGAACGUCACCCUGCCGCUGCUGCUGGACACGGGCGAGGCCGCUGGGGAAGCCUCCAUUGUGAUCGAGGUCGAAGAGGUCUCCAGCACCAAUGAGCUUGUGCGGCUGGAAUUCCGGGCUCUGAAGCUGGACAACAAGGACCUCUUCAGCAAAUCAGACCCUUUCCUGGAGAUCUACAAGGUGAACAGCAAUGAAUCGGAGGAGCUAGUGAAGAGGACAGAGGUGGUUUAUAACAACCUGAACCCCAGCUGGGAGCCCUUCCGCGUGUCCCUCCACUCCCUGUGUGGCUGCGACCCCGACAGGACCAUCAAGUGCAUGGUGUAUGACCACAACUCCAGUGGGAAGCACGACUACAUUGGGGAGUUCACCACCAGCUUCCGGGAGAUGCAGGAGGUGGCCGACGGCAAUGAGGUGCAGUGGGAAUGCAUCAACCCCAAGUACCGGGACAAGAAGAAGAACUACAAGAACUCCGGCCUCGUGGUGCUGGCCCAGUGCAAGCGGGAGAAGGUGCACACCUUCCUGGAGUACAUCAUGGGUGGCCUCCAGAUCUACUUCACGGUGGCUAUCGACUUCACAGCCUCCAACGGGGACCCACGGAGUGAGCACUCACUGCACUUCAUCAACCCGCGGGAGCCCAACGAGUACCUGAAGGCACUGUCGGCUGUGGGCCAGAUCUGCCAGGACUAUGACAGUGACAAGAAGUUCCCGGCAUUCGGUUUUGGGGCACGGAUCCCACCGGACUAUGAGGUCUCCCAUGAUUUUCCCAUCAACUUUGACCCUGAGAACCCUGAGUGCGACCGAACCCUGGAGUCCGGGCAGGGCCGCGCCGCUCGCGACAUCGUCCAGUUCGUGCCCUUCCGCGAUUUUAAGAAGAUGCCCCCGUCGGCCCUGGCCCGCUGUGUCCUGGCCGCCAUCCCACGUCAGGUGGUGGAGUACUAUGGCAGCCGUGGCAUUGCCCCUGGGCCCCGCCGGCCCCGCCCCCAGUGAAGUGGCUCCACCCCCAUCCUGGUGCCGCCGCCACCGACCUGCUGAGAUCCACACGCCCCACCCCUGCCUGGGGGGAGGGGCCCCCACCCCAGGGACCCCCCGACGCAGGCGAAGGGGGGCAGUGCCCAGCCCCCGACUGCUCCCACAGGGGGGCGACCCCCUGGGAAUCCCUCCACAGCACACCCGCACACCCCUCCCUGACCUUUGACCCUGACUCCAGCCUCCCUCCCCUGCACUUAUAUCUGUCCCCAAAGGGGAUCUCUCCUGAAUCCUGGCUCCUG